AUGUCGAAUGAAGUGAUCCUUUGUGUUUGGAAUCAUUUAACAUCUGCAGACGUCAUUUACAGUUUCUCGAAUCUUAAUACUAGCUUCAAUUUGUUACUGAUAGAAUUUCAUGGACUUUACAAAAAAUUGGAUUUACGCCAUUGUUCAUUAUCAGAGUGUCGAUUCUUUUGUCGCCAAGUAACGACCAUGAUAGAAUGGCGUCUUGACUUAACUGUUCUUAAAAUAGGUAAUCGUUAUCGAUGCUCUCAAACGGAUAUGUUUGCAGACGAAAUACGACAAUCAAUUGUUGCAAUUCAUUUUGCUAGGUCAGGAAUAGCAUGUAGUAAUCCAUCGAAAGAUAUCUUCCAUAUCUUAAUGAUAUAUAUCAAGUCUAUAGAACCGAUAUUUCCUCAACUCGCUUCUCUCGUUGUUUUCCAAUCAUUAUUAACUAGUGAAGAAGGUUUUGAACUUAAAUAUGAACAUACAAUUAUGAAUGCCUACGUUCCCCAUUGUUCUCUCAUCUCCAUCACAAUUAACGUUCCCAACUUAACUACACUUCAUGUACUUCUUCAUUAUCUUCCACAACUUGAAUAUGUAGAUGUAUAUAUUACCGACGUUAUUUAUUCAAUGAAAACUAAUGAUGAAGAUCUACCAACAAAAUUAGAUUAUCCGAAAAAAUUGCGUGUGCUUCAUUUAAGAUUGCGGGACCAAAUUGCAAGUGUCUUAAGCAAUUAG